AUGAGAAAAUCAUAAAGUUCAUUACUGUUUAAAUCUUCCUUAAUGAGUCAAAGAUAAACACUUCCUGAUCUCAUUUAAAAAAUUGGAAUGAGAUUUGCUACUUAAUAUGAAUUAACUACUCAGAAUAAUAUACAAUCUAAUCCAGGUUAACUAGAACUCAUUAGAAUUCAAGAAAAAUAUAAAUGGAAAUGUGAAGAACUCGAUAGAACAAGGCAGUCCAUAGAAAGAGAACAUAAAACUUUAGAUGACAGAAAAAAUCAAUUAAAAAGGGGAGAGAAGGAAAUGAGAAUAUUAACUAACUUGAUUGAAGAAAAGCUCAUUUAAUUGCAUUCGCAAGAACAAUAAUUUCGUGAACGAGUGUAAUCUUUUGAAUAAAAAGAAAAAGAUCGAGAAUAACAGUUUAUUUUACUUCAACAAUAAUUAGAAGAAUAAUCAAAUUAAUUGAAUAUCGAAAAAAAUAAGCUAUUAAUGAGAGAAAAAACUAUAAAAGAAAAAGAAUAUCUCAUAGAGUUGAAGUCAAAGGAAAUUGAAUAGUAUCUGUCUAGAUUAAAGUAUUACACUUCAAAUACAAAUUAGAAAGAGAAUUAUUACCAUUAAUAAAUUGACAAUAUCAAUCUACAUUUGUAAACAAUUCUUGAACAUGAAAUGUCGAUUAAGAAUAUCGAAUAAUAAAUGUCUUUACAGGUCAAUUCAUUAGAGAAAGCAGAGUAAAACUUAUUUGAAAAACUCUAAAAGUGCAAAUAAUCUGAAUAGAUUUUCGAUUAAUAAGAAUUAAAAAUAUAAGUUAGUGAAGAUUUAAUCAAUCGUAAAUUAGAAUGGGAUCAAAAACAAAUCGUCUCUGCUAAAAAUUCUAAAGCAUCAUAAUUUAAUUUCGAAAAUUCGAGAAUGGAAAUUUCUCAUUUUGUUUAUUCUGCUCUAUCUUAAAAUCAUUGA